AUGCAGACUUUUGCUCUACUUGCCCUGACGGGCUUCACAUCGCUCGUUCAGUCGACUCCAGUGGCCCCCGCGCAACCACGCUCGCUCCCUCAAGCCAGACCGCACAUCCAGACUCGACAGGCUAACAACUCGUCGAGUCCUGCGUGUGCUCAGGUCUCGCAAGCCAUCUACGGAGAUGGAACCACAGUUGCCAACCAGGUCGUGCCCGCUGGAAUCGCAUGGGACUGCAUCAACAGCGUGCCGUUCAACGCGACCUCUGGCAAGCUCCUCAUCGAGUCUCUCAAGCCCUACAUGGAGUGGCAGAGCACCCUCACGGUCUUGAAGAACCCACCUGCGGAGUACGUCGACAAAGUCCAGCCUGCAGUCGACAUCAUGGGCGGUCUUGACCAGAUCGCCAGCGACAUCGACGCUGGUAAAUUCACCAACGAAUACGACUUUGGCUGGGCUCUGUACACUUUGAUCCAGAGUGCUCACGACGGUCACUUCUCCUACGUCCCGGACUCAGUCGGUGGCAUCUUCCAGUGGGGCCGUAACGUACCGCUGGUGUCUGUCUCUGAGGAUGGCGAGCAACUUCCUGCCGUGUUUGCCUUUGAAGAUGUCCUAGGCCUCCAAUACAAGAACAUCUCGUACACCCCAUCAGCCGUCGUCAAGAUCGACAACACCGAAACAACCGAGUUCCUGCAGACUUUGAGUCAGCUCGGAUCUCUCCAGGAUCGUGAUGCUCUGUACAACAACGUCUUCUACGAGCUUGCACAGGUCAGUCUGGGCGAGUCAGGCAGCGGAACCGGUAUGUUUACUGGCGGUGGCCGCGGUCGUUACGUGUACCCCGGCGCAACCACUACUUUCAGCUUCGCCAAUGGUACCGAACGCACUAUACAGAACUACGCUCGUGCACGGUACGACUUCCGGAAUGUCAACACUGGAGAGGAUCUUGCCAAGAGAUGGUUCAGCUAUGGCAGUGCAGCAUCUGCGCAGGCAGCAUCGCAGGAGGCCGAGACAGUAUCGACAGCAGCAUCUGCCGCUACAGCACCUGGAUACCCCGACCCCGUCUCUCUAGGGCCGUUCAACCUCAUCAACGGUUACUACAUUGAAGAUGCUGGAUACGCUGAUGUGGCUGUUCUUUCCAUUCCCAACUUUGUGGGUAGCUCGUCCGCCGGUGUUCCCUUCCAGAAGACUUCGCAGGAGUUCCUCGCAAAGGCGCUUGCAGACGGAAAGACCAAGCUGAUCCUCGAUCUCCAAGCCAAUGGAGGCGGUACCAUUCUGCAAGGUUAUGACUUGUUCAAGCAGCUGUUUCCUGACUACGACCCUUACGGCGCCAACCGUUACCGUGCUACCGAAGCUGCAGACUUGAUCGGUCAGUCGUACAGCAAGUACGCUUCCCAGGCUCCCCGAGGGGCCAACAAAUCGCUCUCGACUGCCCAGUCAUCCUACUUCGACUAUCACCAGGAUAUGACGGUAGACGCAGAGCCUUUCACAUCUUGGGCAGAGAAGUUUGGUCCCCAUGAGGUCAACGGAGACAAGUACACGACACUCGCGCGCUGGAAUCUCUCCGACUACUACACAAGCGUCAGCUCUGGCGGCAUCAACAUCACCGGCUACGGACCUCUUGCCAACAUCUCGGGACCGCCGAAGUUCAAACCUGAGAACAUGGUCAUCGUUACUGACGGAUACUGCGCUUCGACCUGCACGAUCUUCAGCGAAUUCCUGACGAAACAGGCCGGUGUCAAGACGAUUGCAAUGGGAGGACGCAGCAACAAGGACGCCAUCCAGGCUAUCGGCGGCGUCAAGGGGGUCAACAACUACCAAUUUGGGUACAUUCAACAGGCCGCUCAAUAUGCCAUCCGAUACAACCCUGCGGUCAACGAGUCGAUUCUCCGCACAGAUUUCGAGAGCGAUAUGCCGUUCUAUCGCGCAGCUGGAGGCGUGUCGCCUGGAGUCAAUGUCCGCGACGGCCUUGCUCAAAACGAUACGAGUGGCAUCGCCUUGCAGUUUGUGUACGAGGAGGCUGACUGCCGCCUGUACUACACCCCAGAGAUGACGGUCGACAUCACAGCGCUCUGGAAGGCGGCUGCUGACGUGCAGUGGGGUCAGGGUGGCAAGUGCGUGGCUGGAGGAAACUACAGUCAGAAGCGCAGCCUUGGAGCCACGACGAAGCUGAAGCCUCGCCGCGUGCGUGUCUCGCAAGCUGUUGCGGUUCAGAAGGUGCAGUCGUUCGAGAACAGCUAUGGUCUGGAGACGAACUGUCACAUGAAGGGAGAUGGCUUCAUGCACCCCUAG